CAUCUAAUCUAUAUAUUUUUGUUUCUGUAAUGAAAAGAGGAACUUCCUAACGCGAAACGUUAAGAAACUGUUGAACGAAGGCCAACUACAAAUUGAUCGCAGAUGGAGACUCGGUGGAACGACAUUUCCACGCUCAAAAAUGCGACAUAUUUUUACGGUACUUUGCAGGCCGCGAUCCAUGGCGUCCAAGCGGCGCGGCGUCUACUCGCCUAAGCUUGCAAGACGACGCUUGAAAACGCGCGCAUCGCGCUGCUCUUACGCCGAUGGUCUCGCUCGGGGUCGGUCCCCCUCUCCCCAAACGCGGGCCCGCGUCGGAGAAGACAUUCACCUCGAGGAGAGCCAACUCCCAGCCGGGCAGGCAGCCAGGUAUCGUUCGUUACCCGCGGCUACGCGUUUCUCGCGUCCCGGCCUCGCUCGAGCGAGUCACUUUUGCGCGCUGGUCAGUGCGCGCUGCAAUCCGCGCCGCGGUAGCACGCUCUCGCGGUGGCGCAUUGUCGACUACCGUCCGGACUACCAUUUUGCGGAGGUGUCGAGGAUCGUGGUAAAACCGAGUGCGGGUGAUUCUCUUUGUCGGAGGUGAACGCGCGACACGGUCAGGUGCGCGACGAAUGGAUGAAACUGGCGACGAUCCUGCGCCUUGGUGUCCACCGCAUAUUCCUUCGGAUGUUGCAAGCCUAUGAAAAAAGAGUCCCGCAGUUGUUACUUGCGGAAUGCGCAGAUGUUAAUUGCGGAUACUGAACGUAAGACCGAUUCUCAAGAUGAUUCCAUCCGAUUGCGUUCUGGAUAUAUCCAACGUGUUUCAUUCCACCUCGGUGGUGAUCGAAGGGGCCUGCAUCAACAAAUCCGAACCUACCGCGGUGCUCAGAGAUGUAUCAGCCCGCGUUCACGGCGGAGAGGUCUUGGCUAUUCUAGGAUCAAAGGGCUCCGGCAAACGAGCGCUCCUCGAUGUUAUCGCUGGAAGAGCGGAGGGUGAAACAAGGGGGCGGAUUACUUUGAACGGCAAUCUGCUGACGCCGGAGCUGUUCCGGCGACAUGGCGGCUACGUGGCUCACAGGUGUCACCUGCUGCCGAGUCUGACGGUUCGCCAGACCCUGAUGUACGCCACGUGGCUCGCCAAUCUCAACAAUCGCGAGGCCCGGGUGCGGCAGACCCUCGCCGACCUGGCGCUCUCGCAGGUCGCUAAUCGAUCGGUGAACGAUCUAACUAGACCGGAGUAUCGGCGACUGAUGCUGGGCGUGCAGCUCGCCAAAGAUCCGACCCUGUUGCUACUGGACGAGCCUACCUGGGACACCGAUCCCCUCAACACGUACCUCAUCGUCUCCAUGCUGUGGUCCUACGCCACCAGACGCGGCUCCAUCGUCGUCCUCACCAUGGAAACACCUAGAUCCGACGUGUUGCCAUUCGUCAGUCGCGUGACAUUGCUGUGUCUGGGUGCGGUGGUCUAUUCUGGACCCACCAGGAGCAUGUUGGAUUAUUUCACGUACAUCGGCUUCCCGUGUCCGGAACUGGAGAAUCCCUUGAUGUAUUACCUAUGCUUAUCAACUGUUGAUCGUCGCUCCAGAGAUCGAUUUCUGGAGUCCAAUCAGCAGAUAUCGGUCUUGGUCGAGAAAUUCAAGGUGGACGGAGUGCUUUACAUGAAAGAAGGACCGCAAAUGCCGCACAGCAUGAAAGAUUCGGCCCUCGGCAUCAUGCACAAGGGCUUGGGACGCGGAAUUAAACCUGGAUGCUUUUCAACCCUUUUGGCGCUGUAUUUACGAAGUAUGGCGACUACAUUCUCAUUCAACAAGAUCGGCCUGGGACACUUCGCUGCUCGCCUGCUACUACUGCCAUUCGUGGUCGCUCUAAUGAGCAUACUGUACUCGCAUUCGAGUCCCGUACAAUCAAGAAUUUUCUUGCAAACCGGUGGCUUGAUCUUCAACGUCUUGACGUUGUUUUAUGUGUCCGGGAUAGCCGCGACGUCGCUUUUGUUUCCAGGUUUCCGCGCAAGGUAUUACCAAGAGAAGCGAGAAGGUCUCUACGGUGGUGCAAUGUUCUUGACCGCGUACACCAUGCUGAGUCUUCCGCUGAGUUUCAUAUCGACAUUAAUAACGACCGGAAUCCUGAUUCACAUUCUCGAUCUGAAUGUCACCUCGUGGGCAUACGCUUCCGGCAUUCUGUGGUCCAGUUACGUGGCGGCCGAGCAAGUGACGGUAGCAGUGCUAAUGGUAGUUGGUAGGCCCAUAAUCGGUGCCAUCACGGUACUGUACAUGACCUUGCUAUCUCUGGUGGUUGCAUCAGGUGCAAUUCGCAGCCUGAAAAAUUUGCCCUAUUGGUUGGCGAUGACAACGACCGCGCUACCGACCAGAUACGCGUCUCUAGCGCUAAACCAGCUGGUCAUCGACACUCCCAUCCUAUCUAAUCUGUCCUACAAUGAGAGCUUUAUCUGUCCGGGCAUACCCGAGCUCUGUAGGUACCCCGAUGGUAAGACUUAUCUAAUAGAACGUUUCACUAGGGAGGGCGAGAACAUUUCCGAGGUGUUAAACGUGGAUCUGAAUCUGCUGAUCUCUCUAGCAUUCGCCGUUGGUCUUAUUAUAUUGAAUAGUGUCUUAUAUCUGUUGCCGCUACCUGCUAGAGUGAAGGCAAAAUUCAGGGAAUAAUGCAUCAUUAAAUAUAUUAAAUUAGCAUUAAACGAAAUCCGAAUACUCGGAUUUAGCGCCCAUCGAAUGGCAUACAUAUCACAACUAUUUAAUUUGAGCCUUUAGUGUAUAUAAAAUUGUAAAUAACAUAGAAUUAAAAAUAUCGAUCAAAGAAAAAAAGAACGCAUAUCAAAAAUCUUAAAAAUUUUAAUUUUUAUAACAUUUGUUAAAAAAUUAUUUUAUUUAUCAUAAUGCUAAUUAGUAUAAUACAUAAUGUGAUUUCGAUUGCUCGAAAACGUAUUUUAAAUCGUUUUUCCUAAUUUACAAACAAAUAGAAAUAUAUGUACAUUUAAAAAUGUAUAACUGUUGUAUACAAUAUAAUGCAACUCAUAUAAUAGGUACUUAAUCACGCAUUAAUCGUAGUAUUUAGUGAUAAUUUAAACAUUGCAAUAUAUUACAUGAAAAGUACAGAAAACAAACAUUUUAACAAAAACAUAAUUAUGCAACAUGAUCAACAGCUCUAUUUAUUUGUUAAACUGUAUAUUUAUAAUUGGAAAAAUAUAUAAAAAACUUACUUUCAG